AUGUCCUGUGGCAGCCUGUGUGUCCCCUCCUGUGGGGUGGCCACCCCGGCCCCUCUGGCUGACACGUGCAACGAGCCCUGCGUGCGGCAGUGCCCCGACUCCACGGUGGUGAUCCAGCCCCCGGCCUCAGUGGUCACCUUCCCCGGGCCCAUCCUCAGCUCCUUCCCCCAGCAGAGCGUGGUUGGCUCAGCAGGAGCCCCCGGCGUUGGAGGGGGCUACGGGGGCACUUUUGGAGGCCGUGGGGGCUACGGAGGCUAUGGGGGUUAUGGGGGUUAUGGCUAUGGGGGUUAUGGUUAUGGGGGCUAUGGGGGUUAUGGGGGUUGGGGUUAUGGAGGCCUUGGGGGCUAUGGGGGCUAUGGGGGCUGUGGCUAUGGGGGCUGGGGCCGUGGCUGGGGCCGUGGCAGCUGUGGCUCCUGCUAA